AUGUCAACAAAUGAUUCAAUUGUAACUGUAACUGUAACAACACAAGGAUAUACAGCUCCAUCUUCAAAUGCAGGAAGUGCACCUUUUUAUUUAACAUUUUUCUAUUUGGGACUAACAAUACAUUAUCUUAUAGUUCUAUUUAUUAUAAGAAAGUUCAUUAAAAAAACAUUUUUUCUGAUAUUUUUUUUCAUCGGUUGUUUUGAUAUUCUUGAAUGUAUUGCAUUGUUAUGGAUCAAUUUUUUUCGAAAUGCAAUUUAUCAUCCAAUUUAUAUUCCAACUUCACAUUUAAUGGUUGCAACUGAUUUUUUCGCAACAUUUGUGAAUUUACUCGGAAAUGGUAUGAUGUCAAUUAAUCGACUUUCUGCAACUUUUUUGAGUUAUGAUAGAUAUUGGAGAAAAAAUUAUGUUUAUGGAUAUCUUAUUGGUAUUGUUUUAACAAGUUUCAUUCUUUCUGGUCCAAUUAUUCAAAAUGAUCGAGAAUUUGCAUUGGUUAAUGGGGCUUGGGUUGUUGUAACAAAUCCACCAAAUCUUACAAUUGAACGCAAUAUUUUUGUGGUAUGUAUUUUGAUAUAUCAAGUUGUAGCUGUUAUUGCAAGCGCUGCAACAAUUAUUCGUCUCAAAAACAUCAGUGCGGACACCAAAAAACAGGAAAAGGUUCAAAUUCUUUUUUUACCCCUAUUCUUCCCCUUUAAACGUCAUCUCUAAUUUUGAACAUUUUCAGAGUCUAGUCUUCAUAACAGCAAUUCAUUGCCUGUUUCAUUUUGUAAAACUUUAUUAUCAAGCAGUCCAAAUAUUUUCUUUAAAUGAUGCCUUUGCAAAAUUUAUGUCUAACAUGGUAAAUCAAUUUUUUUAGAUGUAAUUUUUCUCAAUAUCAAAUUUCCAGGGUUAUACCAUCUCAUUUCUUUUUGUUUCUCUGAAUAGUUUCACAGUUAUGUCAAAUGAACAUGUUCGAAAUGAUUAUAUGGCAUUUGUUUUUCGCCGAAAAAUUGUCAAAAAUAUAUCGUAUCCAGUUAGUAGUAAUGUUUUUUCAACUAGAAAGAUUACGGUAAGUGUUCAACCUUCUGUUGAAUAAUAAUAUUGCAUUUGUUUGGUUCUUUAUGUGUUUGAUUAUUUUAAUAAAUGGUUUGGUUUGCAUGAUAUUGUUUGUUUUCUCGAUAAAUGUCAGAAAAAUCGAAUCAGAAGUUUUGUUAUAAAAUCAAAAAACAUUCUAGCACGUGGAACAAUUUUCAGGUGAGAAGUGCUCCGCCACUCGGAAAACGAUCAAAGUGUUCAACAAAUGAUAUAUAA